CCCAGACAAUCAGUGCGGUCACAUAAGACAGUUGCAGUCCAGAUUCCAGAACUUGGCCUUUUGUGACCAUUUUCGGCGACAGUUUGUUACUAGACCUGUACGAAGUCUGGACUCUGGACUCUGGACACUGGCCACCGGACUCUGGACAACGCGGUACAGUACGCGGGAAGCCGAAACGACGGACGGACCGCCUAACCGGCUGCAACCGGCGUGGGGAGGAAAGUGACAGGAAGGCGCGAGUCACCGCGGGACGAGCUUCGCGCGUCGAGAGUCGGGAGACGAGACGAGGAGGAGGGGCCGAGCUUCUGACUAUGGAUCGAACAGUGCGACGGGAUCGUCAAAAUGUGGGGAAUUGAGCUGCGGGGGAGAGAGGGGAGCUGCAUCGGACCGAGAAGAUCGCUGCGGAGAGCGUGCACUGAUGCUGAGAGGGCAAAUUGAUCGGAGUUUUUUGAGCCAACAGGAGGGAAAGCGGCGGAGCUCGGGGCCAUGAUGCUGCACGAACCGCAACAUCCCAUCCGAUAGAGCGCGCAACUGUUUCGACGGCAACAGCGAUCUCGCGCGCGAACAAUGGCGAGAGUUUCGCCAGGCCGAGAUGAAUCACAUGGACCCGGUAGAGAUUGCUCCGACAGCUAGCAAGCGCUGGAUUCAUGAUUCGGACUCCCGGACUUCGGUUUCGGGCCAUUCUGCAGGCCUCGCCCAAAUAGCAGCUCCCUCAUCGUCUCUCGUCUCAUUCCAUUUGCGCACCGCGCACAGACAGUGACCCCCGACGAUCAUCGUUAGCGGAAUUAAGAAGGAAGAGACCGAGACCGUCUCAACUUUUCAACUAUGAGAUAAGAAGGAAGAGUAGGAGCCUUGCUCAUCGACAAGGACAGGAGGAAAGCAAUUCUAUUGACAGAGAUUGCGAGAUUGUGAUAGAAAAUCGAUCACCGCUUUCACGGAAUUUAGGUUCUUAGGGAGAAGGAGAGAGAGGGAGGGAGGAAGAGAGGGAGGGGAGGUAGCGAGCCAGGCUCGAGAUAUGCCAAUGUCUAGGCGCAAGAGGAUCUUGAAGGCAAUCAUCAAGGGAAAAGUCCGUGACGCUUUCUUCCGCAACACGUACGAGCGAUUGGAGGACUCCGCCCAGCGCAACAGCGCGGCCGUGGACUUGGAUGUCGCGCGAUCGAGGAUCAGUUCCGGCUCGUCGCAGGAAUUUAGCCGAUCUAGGAGCAGCUCAGGGCGCGGGGCGAAGGAGUUCACUCGAUCCAGAAGCAGCUCCGGGUCGUCCAAGUACAGCAGCUCGGGCUCAUCCCGACGCUCGCGCCAGGCCAUAGCUCCCGACCCGCGGCUGCUCAAGCGCAGCGACACCAUCCGGCCUCCGGAGUACAGCCUAUCGUCGAGCAAUUCCGGCUCGUCGAAGUACAGCAUGAGUUCGUGCUCGUCCAGGGAUCUCACUCGAUCGAGGAGCCGAGGAAACUUGUCUCGAUCGAGAAGCAGCUCCGGGUCCUCGAAGCUCGCGUUCGCCGUGGCCGGCCUCGAGAACCGGCUGCUGCAGCGCAGCGACCCCAUCAAAAUCAGACGGAGAGAUCGAUUGCUCAAGCGCACCGACUCGCUGGUGCCGAAGAAGUUCCACGUGCAGCUGGGCGUGAGCUCGUCGUCGCCGCCUCUGACGCGCGAGGACUCGUUCGGGGGGCUCAAUUGGUCGAAGCCGGCGCCGAACAUGAAGCUCAAGCACGUGGACUCGCUCGUCAUCAUCAGCGCCAAGCUGCAGCCGGGCUGCCCCGUGCGGACGCGCGACAGCGACCGGGCCAUGGCCGAGGUCGCGAAGCACCGCUCGUUCAAGCGCAUCGACACCCUGCGCUCGUUCAAGCGCGUCGACCCGGCGCGCGCCCUGCGCCGCUUGGAGUCGGUGCGCGCCAUGCAGCCGCAGCAGCGGCGCCUCAAGCGAUCCAAGAACAUCCUGCGCAAGUCGCGACUCUGGAAGGCGUCGCGCGGCGUCGUGCACUUCCAUAUCAACCUCGGCCGCGCCGGCCCCAAGCGCCCUCGCGACUGCUACCUCCGCGCCAUGCUCAAGGCCGCGGAGGAUCGCGCCGGCGACGGCCCCCCCGCCGCGGCCUUCGACUGCAAGUUCGGCCCCAUCCACGUCGACGAGAUCGAGGACGAGGUCGGCUUCUGCCGCAACGUCAUGCUCUUCUACCACCGAUCCGUCAGCUGCGUGCGUUGAUCCGUCCCUGCCAAAUUCAUCCCCGUGUGAUCUGACCUUCUCCGUAGCUGAUCAUCAUGAUUCCAUGAACUGUAUAGUGUAGACGAGGCUUAAUUUCAGGUGCCACAGAGAGAGAGAGAGAGAGAGAGAGGAGAGAGAAAGAGGAGAGAGGGAGAGAUAGAAGAGGAGAUUGCGACCACGGACAGAGGCGGGUAGUAGCCAUUGGCAGCUCUCUGAGCGUCUCUCUCGUAGAUUGUAGAACUACAUUGUAGGGCGUAGGAACUUGCAGCGUAACGACUGAAUGAAUUAAAAAUAGAGUUCAAUCAGCAAUGCCACCGGAGCCGAGGUUAGGGAAGGCGUAGAUUUGAUUGACAGCUCCGGAGACUGAAGCUUUAGGAGUUCAUCGGAGAGAAAUUGUACAAUAAUUAGUUCACGAUCACCGAUCGAUCGACCGAUCGACCACGCAGAGCAUGGCCGAAAAUCGGCCACAGUUGCAUUUGCCACAAUUCGAUGACACUUACGGACGAGAAUAAGGGAAUGAUUUUAGGUGGAGCCCUUGCAGGACCUGCAGCUGCCACCACCACCAAUCUAAACGAACAAUCUGAGGAUCCGGUAUUCUAACUUGACAUUUUCUGAAGAAGAGCCAGGGAUUGCCGAAGGCUUAUGGGAUCGUCAUCAUGACCAUCAUCAUCAUCGGCGCUGAGAUUGAUCUACAAGCCGAGCGAUUCUACAUUAGUAGCAUGUUUUGGUCCAUAGAGAGCCCAGCCCGCACAUUUAUACCUGUCUAGAAUUACCAUCAGAAGACUCGAAUCUCGAGCAGAAGCCGAGCACGACGAGAAUCACUCGCUGCUUCAUUGGCUUCACUUGUAAUUUUUCUCUCGACCUGCGGGAGCGACGUCUUCAUGUUUCAAGAUCUCGGCACUUCUUCCAUCCCGAUGCUGCCACCUCGCCACCCACACUCACAAAGGACGUCUCCUCGGAUUCGGUGACGGGGCUAGUUCCCAAGAGGGUCGUUCCAAGAUAAACCCUACAUUAGGUGGCAGGCCGUCUUCUUUGUAUCUUCCUCGUGUAUAGUUGGGAAAUAUGACCAACAACGCACUUCAUGAUCUGGAAUU